AUGCCUCCACGCAAUCGGUCACUAGGUCGCGACGUCCAUAUCUACGAUGUCAAUGACCGCACUACUGUUCUCGGUGGUCUAAUCCUUACAAAUGGCGUCACGAAUGCCAACUUCUACUCGAUGGUGGAGAUUAUCGUCUUCCAUCUUAUCAUACCCAGGCUAAUCUUUGCUCCGAAUAUAGGUUCUUUCUCGGUUAACAACGAGUCGUGGCUAGUCCGUAUAAUAUUUCAUGCUAGUGGAACUCGUACUCAGUCUUUCCGCGAUACCGUCCGCUCACGGGAUCGUCGAUGCGUUGUAUUUGGGGAGGUUGCAGUUGACGCACAAUUCGACUACUGGGAUGGCUUUGAGGCCGCACACAUCUUUCCAAUAGCCUACGAAGACCAUUGGGAGGCUUACAGCUACAAUCCCUGGAUUACAAUUCUACCGGACAAAGGAGGAACCAUCAACUCAUUAUUUGAUAGCUAUAGCUUCUCGAUCAACCCUGACGAUAAUUACAAGGUUGUAUUCUUCCGCCAUGAUGGGAAAGGCCUUGCUGGAAAGCAUCUUGACCGAAAGCUUCUUGAUAAUCCUCAACGGCCCGUUGAUCAACUGCUGCGAUGGCACUUCGGACAGGCCGUCUUAGCCAAUAUGAGAGGUGCUGGCGAGCCAGUCUUCGAGCACGACUUCCUUCCUGGCUCCGACAUAGCGGUAAUACGUGGGAUAGCGUGA